ACCACAUUAUCGUAGAUAAAGAGCGGCCCAAUCCGUGCCUUCCGAUUGAAUGCCUUCCUUUCAAUGCUGUUGUUGUACACCAACUGCUGACGAGUUAUUGGGGUUUCCGAUCACACACUCCACACCGCAUGAGUUGCAAGACAUGCAGACACAGAAGAGAAUCUCCGAAGUGUUGAGUGGACACCCGACCCUCAAGUCCUUUUUGUCCGGUUCUAUUAGUGGCACAGUAUCUACAGUACUAUUCCAACCUUUCGAUUUGGUUAAAACUAGACUACAAAAUGCCAGUAUUGCUGCACACCCUUCAAAUGUGGCGACAAUACGUUUCGUGCCAUUAGUAACGCAAGUACUGAAAAACGAGCAGAUAUUAGGCCUAUGGAGAGGAACUGUUCCCUCACUGUUACGGUGCGCUCCGGGCGUUGGUCUGCACUUUUCGGCGCUCGACUUUCUGAAGACUCGAUUCUGCAAGAAUUCAAACGGAGUUCAGUGCCAGCCGUCGGCCGUACAGGCGCUGUGUUUUGGCGUCAUAUCGCGUUCAUUCUCGGGCUUUAUUCUCAUUCCCGUUACAGUCAUUAAGACUCGCUAUGAGAGCGGAAUCUUUUCCUACAAGACUCUGAGACAAGCCCUGAGACACACGUAUGUGAGCGAAGGUCCGCGCGGUCUCAUCGCCGGACUAAUGCCAACACUUAUGAGAGACGCGCCCUUUUCGGGCCUCUAUUACAUGUUUUACUCGCAAUUGAGACAAAUGGCUCUCCGGUCGUCGUCUACUUCGCCCAGCAAUCAGUCUAUUUCGCCGAUUCUCACGUUUACAAUCGGCUUAAAUGCCGGACUCUUAGCGUCAAUUGUCACCCAACCUAUGGAUGUGAAAACUUGA